UUAACAACUUGUAAAAAUACUCCAACUUUAGACGUUAUCUUAACGAAAAGGGAUGAAGUUGUUCCCAAAUUUCGUUCAAUGAUUGCAAUAGGGCACAACUAGGCUUUAGAGUUCUCCGUCCUUUUCCAACAUUGAAUGAAAUCGGUUUUAUUGAAACCGCAUUCGAGAAGUUGAAAAAUAUAUUAAAACAAUAUUGAGAGGAAGAAAAUUCACCAAAGAUGUCACGAAUAGAUCAACUUUCCAUUCAGGGCAUUCGGAAUUUUUCUUCGGAAAAUGCUGAGGUCAUUAGAUUUGAGCCACCUGUGACAUUAAUUCUAGGGAAAAAUGGUAGUGGCAAGACAACCAUAAUUGAGUCUCUCAAGUAUGCCACAACAGGAGAAAUGCCAGCUGGGACUAAUAGGGGACAAUCAUUUAUUCACGAUCCUAAACUGUCAACAAAGAAAAUGUCCAUAGGGUGUGUGAAGUUGCAGUUUUUUGAUGAGCACAACAACCAAUUCAUUGUCACACGUUCAAUGGAAGCAAGAAUACUGAAAUCCAAAUUGGACUUCAAAACAACAGACGGGACUAUCUCUAUAGUCCAGUCUGAUGGAACGCUCAAGAGCCACAAGAAUAAAAACAAUGAUUUGAACACUUUUGUCUGCAAUACAUUAGGUGUUUCUAAAGCUCUGCUAAACAAUGUAUUGUUCUGUCAUCAAGAAGACUCAAACUGGCCAUUGGAUGAAGCAAAAAAAGUAAAAGACAAAUUUGAUGACAUAUUCAACACCACAAGAUAUGUCAAAUGCCAGGAUGAAAUAAGGAAACAGAUUACAGAAGUCAAAGCUAGAAUGAAGGAUAUUGAAAAAAUGGUUGAUCGUUACAAAAUGCAAAAAGACCAAGCAGAAGAAUUUCAGAAUGACCAACGUCGCCAAUCUGAGCGCAAAGCAAAUUUAGAAGCUGAGAUGCAACAAUUACAGCAGAAGAAAGCCGAUCUUGAAGCCAACUUGAAGCAGUCAAUGGACCAAUACAAGGAAGCUGAAAGGACUAAGACGGAGAUCCAGAACAAAAAAGUUAGAAUGGCGGAGUUAGAGCGUAAUCGACACGACUUGGAAUCGGAUAUUACUCGUGUUAUCACAGCUAGCGUAGAAGAAUUGGAACGAGAAAUUCAACAAUUCCAGAUGACUAAGGGUGAUCGCGAAAAAGAAUUAAACAUUCUUCAAAGAGAGUUGCAGCAGGUGGAUCAAGAAGGAAAAGCUAAUGCUACAGCGCAACAAGAGCAGCUAGUGCAAUUAGGCAAGCUGCAAUCAGAAGAAGAGCAGCAUAACAACCGUAUUAAGCAACGUGACGCUCAUCUCGGCAACUUGGCUCAUCGUUACAAGUGGGACAAAGAUAUUGCUCCAUUCCCUUCGAAUGAGCCGCUUAGCCCCGUUCAAGUUUCUCGUUAUCAAAAUCUUCUAAAACAAACUCUUGAGCAAGAAAAGAAUAAAGAAUCCGUCUUGAAACAGGAGCUGGACGAUGAAGAAAGGAAACUACUUAAUUCCCUAAACAAAUUGCGGGAAGAAUGCGUGCGCCUUGAACAAGAUAUUAAAACGAAAGAAAGUUCCCUAAGCGCUUUCCAAAGAGAAGUGUCUGAAAUAGAAGCAAAACUGGGUGCCAUGGAAGAAAAUAGCCGUCAAGUGACUCUAUUGGAACGUCAACAAGCGGAUGCACAGGCUUUAGUUGACCGUGCAAAAAGAGAGUUAAACGACGCCGAACUGAUUCGUGACAUUGACAGAGCCAAAUCCGAAAAAAUGAUUCAAGAAGCUGAACUAGAUCAUUUACGGUCGCAGCUGAAAAAAGUCAUGAGCCAAAGAGACAUUCGUGUUAAACUGGAUAUGCAUCAAAAAGAACUGUCUGGUAAAAAGACUCAGGAGCGUCGACUGAUGUCUCGAGAGACGGUAGAAGACGCCAUAAAGAUUCUCGUUGGUGAUAAUGGAAAUAAGGACAAUCUCCUUUCGUACUACAAUGGUCGUCUAAAUUCUAUAACUACUUCACUUUCAAAUAAACAGCAGAGUUUGACGAAACUGGGUCAAGAGGGGGCAACCUGCCAAGCCAACUUGAGAAAUAUUCGCAACCAGUUGGAAGCAAAACAAAAUGAGCGGUCGGCUUACCAACAAAAACUAAAAGACGCGGGGAGUUCUGGCGCCGCCGAGCUGGAAAGUGAUAUUUCUCGAUUAGCUCUAGAAAUCCAAGACCUUGACGACCAGCGCGGAUUAGUUCAUGGCUCUGAAAAGAUGUACCAUCACUUUAUUGAGAAAAUGGAAAAGCAACGGGCUCAAUCAGAUUGCCCGCUUUGCCAUCGUGAAUUUGACGAUUCCGAUGAAGCUCAAAUGCUGAAAGAGGAAAUGAAAAACCGAGUUGAUGCUAUGCCGGCUAAGAAAGCGGAUUUAGAUCGCAAAAUUGCAGAGAAAAAAAAUAAACAUGGGCAGCUAUUACAAUUACGUCCGGUUGCCCAAUCUGUUGCCAAACUAACGGAAGUAGAAAUCCCUCGGCUUCAAACUGGAUUGCAAGAUCUCGAAAGUCGCUCUAACACGAUUCAAGCCGAAUUGAAAGAUUUAGAAGAGUCUAUCGAAUUUCUAAAAAAUGAAGAAGACAUUGGGAAAAAAGCUCAUCCCGAUAUUAUCCAGCUUGACGCACUGAAGAAUGACAUUAAGAAGUUGCAGUCCCAAGUUGACAGUAUCCAGGCUCAACUUGGUCAUUCUGGUAGUGAUGGCGAUUUGACUGUGGAAGAAGUCCAGGAGCAGGUAGAAAAAGCCGAAGCGACAUAUCGAUCAACAACGCAAAGUAUCGAAUCGAUGAACGAACGCUACAACGAGCAUCAAAGCAAAUUAACUCAGCUACAGCAAAAUGUGAAUCGCCUCAUGGAGCGCAAACUUCAGCUGAACAAUAAUUUGCAACAAAGAGGCAAUUUGCUGGAACGCAAAAGUACUUUGGAGACCGAUAUCGAGCAGGCCCUUUUCGAUGUCGAUGAAUGGAAACAAAAGUUAGAGCCCAUGGUGGCGAAACAGUUGGCGGCACAAGCUGCGCAUGCUGACGCCCAGAAGAAACGAAGUGCGCUUACAGAGCAAGCAAGAAGCAAGAUUGAAGAAUUGUUAAAUCAACUUCGUGGCUUAGCCAGUUUGGACAAAGAAAUCGAAAAGUGGGGAGCUGAUGGCAAAGUGGCUCAACUGAAACACAGUCAGCAAGAGGUGGACCGGUUGAAAACGGAAAAGUUGGCACUGGAACAACGAAAAAAAGAAAUUCAAGAAAAAACUAAAAAUUUAGAAUUGGCUCUAAGUAACUGCGAAAAUGAAGAAAGAAAUUUGCGAAACAAUCUCAAGUUAAUUGUCAAUACGACCGAUAGGGAGGUUGUUAAGCAAGAACUUGAACAUCUCCAUACUGCAUUAGAGACUUUUAAAUUACCUCAACUGGUAAAAGAAAUUCAAGGACUUGAAGAGCAACUAGAACGUUGCAAGAUCAAAUUAGGCGAACUAGGUGGAACAUUUCAAGAAAUUCAGAAAAGCAUCCAUGAGCUGGAAAUGAAAUUGCAACGAGAAGAGUUUGCUACGGCGGAGGAGCGAUAUUUGGACGAGGUCAAAGAUUAUGAAGUGCACCAGGCCAUCAGUGAGGAUCUAGGGAACUUCUACAAUGCCCUGGAAUCUGCCCUUAUGAAAUUCCACAAAGAGAGAAUGAGUGUAAUUAACAGAAUGGUUCGUGAAAUGUGGCAUUCUACUUACAAGGGGAAAGACAUCGACUAUGUCGAAAUCCGUGCAGAGGAGUCGGCAGGAACGAGUGGCAAUACGCGUCGCCAGUAUAAUUAUCGAGUUGUCAUGGUAAAAAAUGGAGUCGAAAUGGACAUGAGGGGAAGAUGCAGUGCCGGACAAAAGGUUUUGGCCUCGCUGAUCAUUCGCAUGGCAUUAGCAGAGGCAUUUAGUUCCAAAUGUGGUGUCUUAGCUUUAGAUGAGCCCACCACAAAUUUGGAUGAAGAUAACAUUGCCAGUUUAAGCGACACUAUUUUGGAGCUGUCGAACGCAAUCACACGCCAGAAGCGAAAAUUCCAACUCAUUGUUAUUACGCAUGACGAGAAAUUUUUGGAACGAAUGUCACGCGAUAAAAGGAUGGAAAGAUUUUACCGAGUGGAUCGCAAUCGAUUUAAUAUGUCGGAAAUAAGGCAGUUUGACGUCAUGGGAGGAUCGCAAUCCACAAACAUAGCGAAGAAAAUGCUGAAAUAGCCGGUGAAAAUCCGUUGAGUCAGUAUUAUGUUAACAGUGAUGACCUUGUUUAUUCCAUUUCCAUCCACGUUGAAACCAAGAAACUUGUUACGGUUGGUGUUUUUCAAACUAAUUAAACAAGUUUUAUUAUGGAA